AUGAGUGUCCCCGUCCAAGCCCCUGCCAUGACUGUGCAGCUGGACGGCAUUCCCAGAUCAUUCACCGACGAGUCUACCGAGUCAUUCGCCUCGUCGUCACCCAAGAGGAGAUCCAAGUCUCCUGGCCGCAAGCUCGGCUCCUUCUUCGGUUGGAAGUCAUCCUCUCCGAAUCUCGAAGCACAAUCACCAGCAACAUCCUUCUCAGACGUGUCAGCCUCGCCAGUCCACUCUCGCAACACCAGUCACAUCGAUGCUACACAGACAAACAUGGGUCUAACACCACCUGCUCUUGAUUUCCAUAGCCACAAUCGCGCUGGCUCUCAACCGCAAUACUUCGACUUCGCCAAUCACCAUACCAUGUCCACCUCGUCGACCAUCAACGCUCAUGUAGAGGAACUGGAGCGCGAGCUCCAGCAAGUGAGUUCUGAACUUGCUGGUUCCAUCCGUCGAGAGAUGGAGCUCGAGGACGAGAUUGAUCGCUUCCGCAGCGAAAUGCCCGCUGGCUCGAGCGAGAUUGGCCGAAGAACAAGCGACUACUUCUCGGACUCUGGCACUAGCUCCUUGAGGUAUCCCCUUAUGGACAGCGAGGCCAAGAUUGACGAGCUAGAGCGUCUCAAGAGAAAGGCAGAGCAAGAGAAGGCACAGAUGCAAGUCGACUAUGCUCAGAAACUCUCCGAAGAGUUAAAGCUGAGGAAGGGCUUGGAAGCGCAAGUCCAACAGCUGGAAGAGCAACUGCAAAACAACAAGGACGGUGUACCAGCGGAAGAGGGCCACAAAGACGAACGUGUCCGCGAACUCGAGGUCUUCCUCGACGAGACUCGUCGUCGCUUGAGCCAAGAGCGUCAAUCGAAGGAUAACUUCGAAGACCUCUUCGCAGCCCUCAAGGACGAAAGCGUAAAGCACCGCAACGAGCGCGACAACCUUCGUGACGAAGUAGUCCCUGAGCUCAAGGCCAGAGUCGAAGGUCUCGAAGCCGAAGCUGCCGAGAUGCAAUCACUUCGUUAUGAGAACGCUAGCAUGCAACAACAACUACAAGCCCUCCGUGCUGAAGUUUCAAUGCUUCAAGAGGCACAAGACAGAGACUCUGGAUUCAACGAGGACGUCUUCGCACCACCGCGAUUCCCCAAGGCAGGCUUGUCGCGAUCCAACUCUUUGGCUAGGCCCGCUUCGAAUGGCAACCUUCGUAGAAGCAACUCUUUGGCAAGAUCGGGCUCGGUCAGAGAGCGAAGUGAAACUCGCCAACGAUCCGACUCAAUCUCUGGCGACCGCCACAAGGAUCUUGAGGACCAACGCGAUGCACUGCACCAGGCUCUCAAGAACCUGCUACGCAGAUACGAAAGUGAGAAGCGAGAGCAUGCAAAGAUCAUGCGAAAGCUCACCAGCGAUCGCGAUCGUGCCAGAAAGGAAACCACUGGCAGAACUCCCUUCACACGUGAAGUGAACCUUGUUCGGUAUGAGAUCGGCGAGCUUAGAAAGCGUGCCGACGACGCUCUCGAGCAAAAGUGGCAAUGUGAAAGCAACAUUGGUGGCGUCAAAAUGGCUCUUGACAGAGCGCAGCAAGAGACACAGUCUAUGCGCGAGUACCUCAACGGCCGAACCAUGAGCGGAUCUCCGCGCAAGUCUACCUUUGAGGGACUCGGCAUCGAUAUUGCUGAUGAGAACGUCGAGCUUGGAGAAGAGGACCGCAAGACUAUGAUCAAGGUUCUCAGACAAAGUAUUGCCCUAGCAGAGACAGAACGCGACGCUGCUCUUCGUGAGGCAGAGGAGUACCGCCAAAAGGCUUAUAUGCUCCAACAGUCUGAGGACGAGCACAUCGACACACAAAACAAUCUCGCACACCAAUUGCUUGAAGCUGCAACACGCAUGGAGCAACUAGCAUCGCAAGUCGAGGAACAUCUGCAAGCUAAUCUGCAACUGCGUAAACGACUUAGCCAGGCCGUCGGCAAAGGAGAACAAUCACAAAGCGAGUCGACUGCACUUAUCGUGGGUAUGCAAUCUCGACUAAAAUCUUUGGAGGACAACGUCGUUGCAGCGCAGCAAAGCAGUGAGCUUGCACUAGUGGACCAUGAGGAUGAAGCAAACCAGAUGGAGGAGACCAAUAGCAGUCCGAGACUCCAGCGUCUCAAUGUCCCUGGAAAGACAGCUGCGUCCUCGUUGCAGGCUUCACCUCUAUUUGGAGUCAAGAGUCCUAAGAUCGGCACAACCAACGAAAGCAUGGCAGAGAAACUCAAGACUAGAACUCUUGAACUUAGGGUUCAGGAACUUGAAGCUGCAUUGAUAGAAGCUGAUUCAGAGAUGCAAUCCGUUGUGCAGCGCAUUAACAGCUCCCAAUUUGAGAUUGCGGAGCUCCAAAGCGAGAGGUAUGUGUCCACAGAGCAAUAUGCACAAAUCAAAAGCUAA